GAAGGGUUAUAGUCACCCGCUGCGGACGCAGGCAAUGUUUCACACCAUUCGUUGUCAAUUGUCACGCACCGACACUCCAAAAAGUGCUUCUUCGGGCAAAAGGAGCCUUUGGGGGCAUGAUGGCAGAGGAGAGCAGGGGCAAACGAAGGAAGCAAGCGAACCCGAGAAGGAAUCAAGUGGACAUUGAGCAGGCCAGUUCGCUGGGCUCGGAGGGGAAGGAUGAUGAUAAGGUGGGUUUGUGGAGCCUAGAGGUCCAGGACUAUCAGGACAGCCUGGACAAGACCAGUCUGACCCCCAGCGAGGGAGAGGGUGACGGGGAGGGGACUGAGCCAGCAGGCAGCCCCAGCCCUAGGGGCCUCUCAACUCGGCCCCACAACCUAAGCCUCAGCCCCAGGCCCAGAGGGGGCCACUGGGCAGAGGGGGCCGAGGAGGAGGAGAGCCCUGGGAGUGGGCUAACCAUGGAGGACAAGGAUGGAGAGAGGGAGCAGGGAUCACUCAAGACCUAUACAGGUCACAGGUCAGACAGUCAGGCCCUGGAGGACAUGGCCCACUAUGACUUUCUGGUGCAGCUGAGAAAGGCAUCCUCCCACCACCCUGCCUCCCACCACUACCACCAGCACCAUCAGCCCCCUAACGGCAGCGCUACAGCCCCAGCCAUGUAUCACCCUGGCAGCCUGAACCUUCACGAUGACCCCCUUCCCAUCUGGUCUCCUGGGACGCAGCGCUCACCUGAGGGACAAGAUGGCAUCCCUCUGAGUCCGGAUGCUAUUAGGAACCUUCAGGCAUGUCCUUUCUGCCAGCGCACCUACCACCUCGGUGUGUCUCUACGCGAGCACAUCAAGUUCUGCCAUGAGCGGGACAGGGGGCACAUGGUGUGCCCGGUCUGUGGGUACACUCCCCGCUAUAGGGCACAGAUGGAACAACACAUGGCACUGCACAGUCAGGUAGAGGAUAAGCACCCUGGGUCCGACCAUGGCAUAGAGAGCAGGAAGUUCAAGUGUCUUCAGUGUGGGAAAGCCUUCAAGUACAAACACCAUCUCAAGGAGCACCUCCGCAUCCACAGUGGUGAGAAACCGUACGAGUGCUCCAAUUGCAAGAAGCGUUUCUCUCACUCUGGCUCCUACAGCUCACAUCUCAGCAGUAAGAAGUGCCUGACCGGAGGAGGAGGAGGCAGCGGAGGAGGAGGAGGAGGAGAGGGGAGCUAUAACAACGGACAUGGCCACCAUGGGGCCUACUACUCCUCACUUGCGUCGCCCUCUGCAGGUAGUGGAAGGAACAGCAGUAGGAUGGGCUCUCCAUACCUUCCCCACACCCAGGAGGAACGUCCUCCAAUGGGGUUAGAGAGGAACAUGUAUCUCCCUAGAGACCAUGGUACGCGUCUCCUCCGGGGCCAGGAGCUAGGCUGGGAGUUGGGCCGGCGGUGGGACCCCACGCCGGAACGCUUUCUCCGGGCCAGUGUGUUCAAGGAGUCCACCCUGCUGCCGUACCUCCAUGCCGGCACCGGGGAAAAGUUUGAGCAGAUGCUGCAGGCGAUGCUGCACAGGGAGGAGGGAGGGUCUGGCUCAGCCAGGGAGGAAGGAAGACUGGGGGUUCACAAUGGCGGGAGAAAUGGGAAGGCAUCACCGGAGGCUCUGUUGAAACUAAAAGGCGACCGUGCCGGCUCGGGUGAUGGCCAGGGGGUAAGUGGAGGGGUAACAUGUCGUUGGUGCUCCCAGCUCUUUCCCAGCCCCGCCAUCUUACUCCAGCACGAGCGCUACCUCUGUAAGAUUUACCGAGAGGCCAUGGAGGUGUCUGAGGAUCCUCACAGUAAAAAACACCUCUCCCCCCUCUACAUCUCCACCAGACCCCCUCUCCACCCACCACCAUCACCUGAUAACCACAAACCCCCAGCGAUGACCAACGGUUUCCCGAAAGACAAGUCUCCUCUCCAGAGACCCAGCUGGAACUCUGUCCCUCAGCAGCUGCUGGUUGCCAUGCACUCCCCCUUCCCGCCCAGCCCAGACUCACUUGCCAUGAGGUCCCAUUUGUCCAGCCAGGAGAGUGGCAGGAGUGACGGCAGCCCUGGCCAACCAGCACCAACCAGCCCUGCUACAGACAUGUCAUCCCCUCCCCCAUUGGGGCGAAGACGGGUCCCCUCUUCAGGGUUCGGCUCGCACCUCUGCCUGGACCUGUCCUCUGCCAUCCUCAACACUCCUGCAAGCCGAGCCGCCCCCCAGGGAAGGACCCAUCGGUCAUAUAGCUCUGAGAAUGACCAACCCCUGGAUCUCUCCCUCCCCAAGCCCCAGGAGGGGAAAGCCAUAGAGGACAGCAAGCCCUAUAAUGGACACCCUCACUGGGAAGAGAAGAGACAGAAGACACAGAGAGACCAGGCAGAGAACCAGCACCACCGGAGGCUGAGUAUCAAUCUCAGUCCACCUCCUCACCAGCAUCAUGCAGUCUACAGCGGUGCUCAUAUUGUCGGGGGUUCCAUCUACAGUGCCUACCCUCUGUUUAACCCUAUGAUACCUGCUGGGCUAGCUGGCUCAGAGCAUGAUGGGGUUCCCUCCCUGCCCCUCAGCCGUCCAGUUAGCAACCAGGGAUUCCUCUCACCCAUGACCUACAUGAUGGAGUCAGACACAGACGCUGUGCUGAAGAGGAUCCACCAGGAGAGACGAGCAUUAAUGGGUGAGGUGAUUGGCCGCGGGGGUCUGGACUACCUCUCUCUGAUACAGGAGGGAGGAGAGGGCGAAGGGGGACCAGGGAGGAAGAGACUACAGAAGACAGACGAAGGCCUGUACGCUUGUGACAUCUGUGACAAAACCUUCCAGAAGAGCAGCUCUCUGCUCCGACACAAGUACGAACACACAGGUAAGCGUCCUCACGAGUGCAAGAUCUGCAAGAAGGCCUUCAAGCACAAGCACCAUCUAAUUGAACACAGCCGCCUGCACUCUGGAGAGAAGCCCUACCAGUGUGACAAGUGUGGCAAGCGCUUCUCCCACUCAGGCUCCUACUCCCAACACAUGAACCAUCGGUAUGCCUACUGCAGCCUGCACCAGGACCAGGAGGGGGGUGAGGAGCUUCCUCUAACCCCAGGAGGGCCCAUCGAUGUGGGCCACAUGGCCGUGGACACCCCCCUUUCCAUGGAGGACACCCCAACAUUUCUUAGUGACUCCAGUCUAGAUGGGGGGAUAGAAGGGAGAGUAGAUGAAGAGGAGGAAGAAGAGGAGCACGAGACAGAAGAGACUGAAGGCGGACGUAUGAAGGAGGCAUGUAGUUUGUCAGGGUCAAGGUCUGGUGAGGGAUUGGGGCCGAGCCCCAGUCUGGUACAGGGGUCCCCUGUGGGGAGGGACAGAGAGAGAGAACAGAGGGAGAGAGACAAAGAGCAGGUCGACAGACACAAUGAAGAGAGAGAGAGUGCUGGUCUAGGGACUCACGGACUAGAGACGAGCCAUCACUGGGACAAAGACACAUUGGAACGAAAUGGAGACCAGAACACAGACACAUACGAGCUGAGCCCGGAAGCUCCAGUGUCACAACAGUGGACAAGUGUGCCAAAACAAUGCAUCAAAACAUGUACAAAUAAGGAUUAAGAGCUGUGUGAAAAUAUAUUUUAAAAAUGCACUGUUCAAAAUAUAGCAAAACUUAUACUGUACAGGUACAGUAAGUGACUUCCAAUGCAAAGCCAUAUGAACACAACCAAAAUAAGAACCACAUGAACUGAUAGCAUAACACAAAGUGCAUAGUAAGAGCCAUGGGUAUGAUAUUCACGCUGGUCGGUAUGUUAGCAUGCUCAAUGUUGACCACUACAUAUCUGUCAUCACAGCUACCAGUUGACCACUUACGACUGGUUUAAGGUAAAGGAGUAUGCACUGCAAGGUGAUGUUGUUCAUGUUGUUCUGUAGCAAGCAGUGUUGUUCAAUGUGUUUCCAGAUGCCUUAUCAGUAUAAUACAGUAUUUUUUAUUUGGCAAUACAAGUAUUCACUUUUGAAGGUUUUUAUAUCAGAUUUUACAUCAUAUUCUCCAAAGACCAAGAGGUCUCUACUGUAUCAAACAAUUGACCUCUGUGCUUUAAAAUGAAUAAGCAAUAAAUAAUAACUAUUAUUCAAAUUAGAAUAAAGCAUUAAAGAUGUAUUAUGUCCAUUGUGACUGUGGUCAGCUGUGCAUUAAUUAUGGGCAUUAGUAUGCAGAUAGAUUAGUGCCAAAUUAUGUAAAUUAGUUAUAUUGGCAGUAAUAUACUGUAUCUCUACUGUCUAAAAGAUCAACAGGGAAGCCGGUCACUACAAACGCUCACUGACUUUUACACUGAGCCAUUAGGAAGUUGAAUGCUGGGUAGCCACCCUAAGCCUGGUAAAGUAAAUCGAUUUCUCCAUACCUUACCAUAUUUCUACACACAACAGAAAAACGAGAGUCAAAAUUAAAAUGGUUUUAUUUUGUUUUCUUUGAAGAAGGAGCAAAUAAAUGAAACUUGUACUGCCUCACAAAAUGUUCCAUAUCUCUUAGCAGACAUGUGGAGUUGCUUUGUCUCUAUUAGAAAAACGCAAAUACAUUGUCUCGCUCUAUGAAAUAUAAGUGCAGUAUUAUGCUUGUACCACAGUGUAGGUUCUACUACAGUUGCCCUCGAAUAUAUUAGCACCCUUGCACGAUUCACUAUUUCUUCUCAAAUAAGUUGAAAUUGAAAAUAGUUUCAUGUUCACACGUUUAUUUGUUUGGUUAAUAACUGCACAGGACCAAGAUAAUUUUUAAAGGUCCAAUGCAACUGUUUUUAUUGCAAUAUCAAAUCAUUUCUGGGUAACAAUUAAGUACAUUGUUUUCAAUUUAAAUGGUUGAAAAUAAACAAAAAUAUAUUCUUAGCAAAGAGCAAUUUAUCAAGCAAGAAUUUUGCUAGGACUGUCUUAGAGUGUGGAGGGGAAAAGUGAAAACUAGCUGUUACUAGCAAAAAGGUUUGGAACUCUUUUGUCUUAUUGGUCUAUUAACUAAUUUACUGCAUGAUUAUGUCACCAGGCAGGCCAAAACACCUUCCCACCAAAACAGACUGAAAUUUCAGGGGAUCUUUUCAAACAGCUCUUACACUAAAAGGGCAUUUUAAUUUUCACAAUUUCACAGUAUUAUUCCAACCUCAUACUGAGGAAAUAUAUAUAAAACACAGGGAAAUCAUGUUUUUGACUGCACUGGGCAGUCAAUUAGAAUUACAAAACUGAAUUGAGAUUUUUCACUUCAAAUGGCCUGGAAUAAAUUACUCACAAUUCUAAUUAAUUUGGUUGGAGGCAGGUGAUUCUCGUUUACUGUGUAAUUGAUGUAACCUGUGGUAAGUAGCAGGGUAAAAAUUCAACCAGUUUUGUAAAGAUCCAUUCUGAUCCAUUUAUUGUAAAGUUUAAGGGUGCCAAUAGCACAACUGUUUAUGCCACCACAAUGAUGCCACCGUCUGAUGUAAACAUAAAAAUAGAAUUACUAGAACUGGACAUUCCCAUUCUUUCAGUCUCUAUUUCUAUGGGUGUGUCCACAGCAACAGAGGUCAAGGUCUCAGAACAGAUUCUAUAACAUUUAUCAUCUUCAUACUUCCUCAAUCUGACUGUGGUGUAGUCCAUGUGAAAACCGCCUCGGAUACACAGUAUUCAGCCACUGUGAGUCAUCUGUGACUUCUCUGCUACAGUCGAUAAGAUUGAGUUACAGAGAGCUGAGAUGUGACCAAGCCAGUGUCUUCAGUACAUACUUGACUACUAUACCUGUGUGGUAGUCCUGCUAACAUCUAAUGUGAAGUCUUCCUGACUUCAGAGUCUGGAAAGGCUGCUUUGAUGUUGUCAGCACGAUGCGUCGAUAAUUAAGGGGGCUGUGCUUUUACUGGUUGGCUCUCCUCCGUGUCUUUCUCACUCAAACACCCACAUGCACAGCCACACACAGCCCCCUGAGCACAGCCCCCAUUCAAUUACAACUGUUGGAAUUUCAAAUCCAAACAAUGAGAGGUCUCAACUCCCCAGGAAAAAUAAUCGAACAUUUGAGAGUACCAAUUAAUGCGUCCACUCAAUUUCUGAGCAAAUAUUGCAUGUACAACGGAAUCCUGUCCAGACCAGUGUGUCACCCAGGGCCGUAAUACCUUUGCUCAAGACCAAACAUUUAAAGUAGGCUGAACAAAUGUACUAAAAUCAUUAAAAUCCCAAUUAAAAUGCAUAACAGAGACCAGAGACAGUGUCAGUCUGCUUUGCCAGUUAGUGCAUCCGAUUGCUUUGAAAUUGAUGUCGGCAUUUGAACUCGGCCUUGUAUACCUUGUUGUAAUCUGAUAGCCAUGUGUUCAUUUAAUUGGGAAUUGGGAGGUGAGGGAUCCCUCAUUUUUGGUGACCAUUCGAAACCAAAAUCUAUUUUAUUGCUAUUCAAAUAUAGGCUGUAAUAGCUGUAAUACAUUUCCACCUCUCACUCGAUCAGUUUUCCUCGAUUAAAAGGAGAUACUCUUACAGAUCAAUCUUGAUUGCAAAAUGUAAUUAAAUAUUGCUAAGUUAUUUAGCUAUAGUAUGAAUGAAGGGUUGUUUUUUUAUUAUAAUAAUAGUAUAAUAAUAGUAUAAAUGUAUAAUAAUCACCCAUAUAGUGCAACUAAUAGCAGAUAGACAAGCUGGCCCGCUCCAGCCGUACCACGAGCUCAUCCUCCCCAAGUAAGGUGCCACCAACCACCUCCGUGGUUGCAAUCAAUAUUAGCCGGGGCCGCCUGGUCGAUACAAAACGUUUCAAUAUUCUCGGAGCCGCUUUGUUCGUUGAUACAACCCUUCAAUAUUCGCAGAAUGUUUGCCUUCCCUGGCGAAAAAUGCAAGUGCGACAAUGAGCUAGGCGCACACUCGAGGAACAUCUCUGAAUGCAGCACAAUGAGCGCACGAAACAUUGCCACUGUCAUGGUAGUCCUAUGCGCCGUUCCACAAGGGUGGCUUCAUAUAUAACCUUACGUAAGACAGAUGGUUACCUAAGGCAAAAUCAAAAGGAGGGUGGAUGGGGGGUCGUUGAGAGUUUGAAUCUCAUCACAGAUAACGUGAAUGUCUAGUAAACCCAAAGGUUGCGAGUUUGAAUCUCAUCACGGACAUUUUUAGCAUUUUACCUAAUUAGCAACUUUUUAACUACAUUUAGCUACUUGGCAAGUCAGUACAGAAAGGCAUAGUGGAGCUCCAUGGCUUGGUGCUGAAUGGACAGCCUUCUGUCUAGAGCCAGCUAUAUAAUUAUUUCGUUUGUGGGCAGUUUUUUGGGCACCAUGAUGUUUUAAUAAAUAUCUUUAUUUUGCAUUCAAGCCUAAGUUUUUGAUUUAUUCCUUUUUUUCAACAGUAUGUUGGUUUCCAUCUCAAGUUGGUGGGUAGUUAGACAUUUUUGGGCACCGUUAGGUAGCCUACAAUACAUUAUUGAAAAUCAUAACUGGCACGCGGCUCUUUAGAAAUGGUAGGAUGGUAAAGAUACCUGAUUAAUAAAAAAUUACUCAAGUAGAAGUGAAAGUCACCCAGUAAAAUACCUCUUGAGUAAAUCAAGUCUAAAAGUUUUUGGUUUUAAAUAUACUUAAGUAUCGAAAGUAAAUGGAAUUGCUCAAAUGUACUUAGGAGUCAAAAGUAAAAGUAAAGUAUAAACCAUUUCAAAUUCCUUAUAUUAAGCAACCCAGAAGGCACAAUUAUUUUAGCCAUUUUUAUUGACAGAUAGCCAGGGGCACACCAACACUCAGACAUAAUUUACAAAUGAAGCACUUGUGUUUAGUUAGUCCACCAGAUCAGAGGCAGUGGAGAUGGCAAUGGAUGUUAUCUUGAUAAGUGUGUGAAUUGGACCAUUUUCCUGUCAGGGUAAAUGUAUGGAGUAAUAAGUACAUUAUUUUCUUUAGGAAUGUAGUGAAGGAAAAGUAAAAGUUGGCAAAAAUAUAAAUAGUAAAAUAAAGUGCAGAUAACCCAAAAAAUGACUUAAGUAGUACUUUAAAGUAUUUUUACCUAUGUACUUUACACCACUGUGUUUUGUAUGGUAUGUAUUCAUUUGUGGAUGUCCACCACCCAUUUCGUAUGAUAUUUUAGUAAUUAUAAUUACUAUUAUAUGUUACAAAUUUGCAAAACGUACAAAAUAUGUCACGAAUUUGCAAACAAAUGAUAUAUUAUGAAUUUUAGCUAGGUGGCUAACAUCAGCUAGCUCUCUAGUGUUAUGCAUUUGUCAAUUUUCCUUUUUGUGUUUCGUUAUUUUCGUCAUUAUUUGGUCAAGUGUUGUUUGUCUUCCUGCGUCGUUGUCGAUUGUAGGCCUAAGUAGGUCCUUUGAUGUCAGCUAUGCCUUUUCUUUCAAUGCAGGGUCGGAUUUAUCUGGCAUAGUUUGCAUUUGCGGUCAGCUGUUUUAUGCACAGGUUACUUUCACGUUUGAUGUUGGCAUUUUAAGUCGGCCUUGCAGUGACUUGAUAUUGUGUAUUAUGCCUCUAUUUCAUGUUCACUGUAUUCGUCGUUCCACUAGUAAAUGUUUAAAUUCAUGAUGAGGUUGAGUAGGGGUUGACAUUGCAGCCUAUUUUGUUGAUGUUUUUUGUUUGUUUUUUGCUGUUAUCCAAAUAGCAUUUUAGAGUUUUUCAAUUGUGUAGAAAUGUAAUAAAUGAGCUUCAACCUCCUAAAAAAAAAUCAUACUUUGCCAUAUCCUAGGUUUAGCUGAACUGACACCACUGGUGUCACAGCUCUUCCUGGACUGUGUCAAGUCAGUCAUGUCAGCCAGGGUACCUGUGUGGAGCCAUACUAGUGCCAAAAGAAAUGAGAUUUUAAUUCAAUAAUUUUGAAUUUGUAUUCAGAAAGUGAAUUUGAGUUCAAUAGUUCUGAAUUUGUGUUGUACAAAUUGAAUAUGCCUCUGACACUUACUCUAUCACUAUGAAUUGAAAGCCCAUCAUGGGCUUGUCUAUAUUUAGUAACAGAGAGUGUAGUCAUAAAUCCAGUCAACCAACUUCAAGAUGAUCCAAUUUUGUAGUAUUGAACUGCAAGCCGACAACUGCCUCAUGCCACCAGCUGUUGUUAAUUCUAUUAUAUUUAUAUCUGCACAAAAAUACUUUUAUCAGGCUGUAUUUUUUUUUUAUCAACUCAGCUAUGCCUUUUGUAUUGAAUUACAUUUAGUAUUGUUUUUUAACCUGUGGAUAUAUUUGUAAUAAAAAAUUACAUUUUGCUUUA